UCUGAUUGGCUCUCACGGUGUGUACAAUGUUGUCCGCUGGCUAGUACAGACAAACCACACAUUCAUAUGCAAAUUAGUCCUUAUAAAUAGCUACACCAGCUCUUUAGCGCCAGCAGUACGUUUAUCGACGAUUGUACAAUAAUCACAGGGCGUUUCGCCUGUCGUGUUUAGAUUUUCUCUGACCGGGUCCGUUUGCCAGCUGCUCUCUUUCACGGAUCGGGAAAAUAGCAGUGGAAUACAAACUGGGAUCUCAGACUGACUGCACUGCUCGGGCUCAAAACCAACAUGGCCCCCUCGGCUCUGCACAUCAAGAACGGAUUUGGCAUGGAUGAGGAUGACUACUACGGGAUUAAUAAAGGGGAUAGAAAGGCAAGAAAACCUUUGGUGGAGAAGAAGAGGCGUGCUCGUAUCAAUGAGAGUUUGCAGGAGCUCCGGACCUUGCUCGCUGACACCGACUCAAAGGUGGAGAACGCAGAGGUACUGGAGAUGACGGUGAAAAAAGUGGAGCAUAUUCUCAAGGAUCGUCCCCAAGAGACUGACAUCAUGAACCGGGAGGCCAGCGAGAGGUUUGCAGCAGGCUACAUCCAGUGCAUGCAUGAGGUCCAUAUGUUUGUGUCCAACUGUCCCGGGAUAGACGCGACGGUGGCGGCCGAGCUACUGAACCACCUGCUGGAGAGUAUGCCCUUGAACGAGGAUCACUCCCAGGACAUGGUUAUGGAUAUAAUAUCGGACACUUCCAGCAACAACGGCAGCACUUGGCAAGCCGGCGAGGCAGUGUGCGCGGCACUAGCCUCACCCGGAUGCAGGAGUAUAUCCAGCGGCUCUUCCUCGGCCCUCUCCCCCGUCGCCUCCACCACCUCCAGUGAGGACCUGUGCGAGACAGACAGCGAGCACAACCAGGGCGCUACCGACGCACUGGGGAACCAACAGGCCCAGAACAUGCCCACUAUCAGCUACUACAAGUCCAUGUGGAGGCCCUGGUAGUGGCCCGUUCUGGUAAACUGUCCGCCUUUGGGAUUUAAUAGAAACGUUUGGAGUCUACCUGGCCCCAGGUUGUGACAUCAUCUGUUACAUACCUGGAAAGCGCUUGUCGCUGGAAAUUCACUUCCUACUUUUGCGCAAUUGGGAACUGCACAUGUUUGGUUUUGUAAAUAUCUUAAUAUGUAAAGAGGAUUUGCAUAAGAAAAAGCUAUUGUGAUGCCUUGAAUAGGCUAUAAAAAAUGUUUCCAGUUAAGAUUCGUACAGAAAAGGCCCUUGUUUACUCGCCCUGUAACCUUUAAAAGAAACACGUAUAUUUCCCUAAACACUUGACGCUGUAACAAUGUGUAGAAUGUCUUGUCCUUAAAAUGUCAAUGUGAUUAAUAAAAUAAUUUAAUGAAAA